UAUAGAACAAUCCCUGGCUCAAUGGAGAUGGGUGAACACAAUGUGAUGAUAAUGCUAGUUGAAGAAGACAAGUUUAUGUUUUCUUGUUUGUCAAGGUUUCUUGUACCCUUUUCGUUCUACUUUCCAAGUUCCAUUGAUAACCUAGUAGGGAUACAAAACCAAACCUAGAAGUUGGGAGUUGCUGGGGUUCUGUACAAGAGUGGGCUCUGCUCCUCGGCCUGAUCUGGUUUUGUCCUUUUCUUAAUGGGCUUCAAUUAUGUUUUUUAUUAUUUAAAAAUUUAUACAAGGGAUAUUGGAAGGCUGGCUCAUUGCCGACGUGGCAAAGUCUGAGUGGAUGACCAUGUAUGAGGUUAUGUGGAAAAAGAUUUAAUUUUUAGUUUCCGUGGCUUUUUUCUGUCUCUGUCAUUCGUAGAUACGAAAAACAUAUAAGAUUGGAAACCAGUAGGAAGGUGGAAAGGACCCAAUUGGCAAAGAAAGUCCAACAAGAAGUUUGUCAAUUUACAAUUCCUAGCUGUUAAAUCGGCCACAGUCCACACAUCACAGAAACGCUCUUUUGCCUCCCCUCUCUAAUUUUAGUCACCGCCUCCUCCUCUUGCCAAUUUUAAACACAAUCCAAGUAUUCUAUACUAUUCUUUUAAGUUAUUAACCCAACUCAACCCAACCCAUAAUUUAUUUCAAUAACAGACAAACCAACCCAUCAGAUUUAUAAGAUAACCAGGAAAGGAAGAAGAACAAACGUAUUUAUAUCAGAGGGAGAGAGAGAAACGCAGGAAAAGAGGGAAAGAGAGAAAGAAAGGGUCUCUUUUAGAGAAGGAGAGAUGGGAAGAGGGGGACAGGGAAGAGGGGGACAUGGAGAGGCAGAAGAGGAGGGAGUGAUGGCUACUGACUUUUUUUGGUCUUAUACAGAUGAGCCUCACGCUUCUAGGCGCCGUCAGAUCCUCUCUCAGUACCCUCAGAUAAAGGAGCUCUUUGGUCCUGACCCCUGGGCUUUCCUCAAGAUUACAGUGGUUGUCUUGCUUCAGCUCUGGACUGCCACAGCCCUCCACAAUGCAGGCUGGCUGAAGAUACUGGCAAUAGCCUACUUCUUUGGCUCUUUCCUCAACCACAACCUCUUCUUGGCCAUCCAUGAGCUCAGUCACAAUCUCGCCUUCUCAACUCCAGUCUACAACCGUUGGCUCGGUAUUUUUGCUAACCUCCCAAUCGGUGUUCCCAUGUCCGUCACCUUCCAAAAAUAUCACCUUGAGCACCACCGUUUUCAAGGAGUAGACGGAAUUGAUAUGGACAUCCCGAGCAAGGUUGAAGCCCAUUUGGUGACAAAUGUAGUCAACAAAGCCAUAUGGGUUCUCCUUCAACUCUUCUUCUAUGCUUUUCGGCCUGUGUUUCUCAAACCAAAGCCCCCUGGUUGUUGGGAGUUCCUCAACCUUUUCAUUCAGAUAGCCCUUGAUGUUUCCAUGGUCUAUUUUUGUGGGUGGAAAUCUUUUGCUUAUUUGAUCCUCUCUACAUUUGUUGGGGGUGGGAUGCACCCAAUGGCUGGUCACUUCAUUUCAGAGCAUUAUGUCUUCAACCCUGAUCAGGAGACAUAUUCUUACUAUGGCCCUCUUAAUCUCCUCACUUGGAGCGUGGGGUACCACAACGAGCACCAUGAUUUCCCCAGAAUUCCUGGGAGCAAGCUCCAUAAGGUGAAGGGCAUUGCACCAGAAUACUAUGAGGGUUUGGAGUCAUAUAAAUCUUGGAGCCAAGUCAUCUACAUGUACAUAAUGGAUCGAACAGUCGGGCCGUUCAGUCGAAUGAAGAGAAAUCCAUCAAAAUCUGAAUAGACACUCUUCUCCAAAAUUUCUACCGUUUUGUAUCCUUUCCUGGUUCUUUAUGGGUUACUGGUUUUUCCUUUCUUAUUUGCUUUUGUUUGUAACAUUUUUCCUUGAAUUACAUUGUUUGUAACAUUUGAGGAGUGAGAUCUUAUAUUGUAUUGUAGUAUAGACUUUAGACUGAGCAACAGGAAGUUAUUUAUUCAUUUAUUAGCAAUUGGGAAAGAACAUUUGUUUAAGUUAUGAACUACAUUAUAAAUAGAUAAAGUUAGUUCAUA